GGUUAGGCUUCCCUGCUGUGUUUUUUUAAUAUAUAUAUCUAUCUUUUAUUGUUAUUAUUACUACAAUGGUGUCUAUAAUCUCUGACUUGGAUCCUCUGAAAAGCUGGAAAGUUUUAAGUGGAGAAGAGACGGUGGUAAAGUGCAACACUGCAACCGCUGGAAUUGGUAAUAUGAGCUACAGAGAGACUGCCACAGAGUUAUCUGGAACAUUACCAAGUAACGGCACAGCUAACAAGAUGAAUGGAGCUUUGGAUCAUUCAGACCAACCAGACCCAGAUGCCAUUAAGAUGUUUGUUGGACAGAUUCCCCGUUCAUGGUCGGAAAAAGAGUUAAAAGAACUUUUUGAGCCUUAUGGAGCUGUCUACCAGAUUAAUGUUCUCCGAGACAGAAGUCAGAACCCUCCCCAAAGUAAAGGUUGUUGUUUCGUAACAUUUUAUACAAGAAAAGCUGCUCUUGAGGCACAGAAUGCACUGCACAAUAUUAAAACUUUACCUGGGAUGCAUCAUCCUAUUCAGAUGAAACCCGCAGACAGUGAAAAGUCAAAUGCUGUGGAAGACAGAAAAUUGUUCAUAGGAAUGGUUUCGAAGAAGUGUAAUGAGAAUGAUAUCAGGGUGAUGUUUUCUCCGUUCGGCCAGAUAGAAGAAUGCCGAAUCCUUCGGGGACCGGAUGGGCUGAGCAGAGGCUGUGCGUUUGUCACAUUUUCUACAAGGGCAAUGGCACAGAAUGCAAUCAAAGCCAUGCACCAGUCUCAGACCAUGGAGGGCUGCUCUUCGCCAAUCGUGGUGAAGUUUGCGGAUACCCAAAAGGACAAGGAGCAGCGGCGUUUGCAGCAGCAGUUGGCACAGCAGAUGCAACAGCUCAAUACUGCCACUUGGGGAAACCUCACAGGUCUUGGAGGACUCACACCACAAUAUCUAGCUCUUCUGCAGCAAGCAACUUCCUCCAGUAACUUGGGUGCCUUCAGCGGCAUUCAGCAAAUGGCCGGCAUGAACGCUUUACAAUUACAGAAUUUGGCAACUUUAGCAGCCGCAGCAGCCGCCGCCCAAACCUCAGCUACCACCACCAAUGCAAAUCCUCUCUCCACAACGACUGGUGCUCUGGGAGCCCUCACAAGUCCCGUGGCUGCAUCAACUGCUAAUUCCACAGCUGGUGCGGCCAUGAAUUCUUUGACUUCUCUGGGUACUCUCCAAGGAUUGGCUGGAGCCACUGUUGGACUGAAUAAUAUUAAUGCACUAGCAGUUGCUCAAAUGCUCUCAGGUAUGGCGGCCCUGAACGGAGGACUCGGCGCAACAGGCUUGACGAACGGUACGGCCGGCACGAUGGACGCGCUCACCCAGGCCUACUCAGGAAUCCAGCAGUACGCUGCCGCCGCGCUGCCGACGUUGUACAGUCAGAGCUUGUUACAGCAGCAAAGCGCUGCAGGCAGCCAGAAGGAAGGUCCAGAAGGGGCAAACCUCUUUAUUUACCACCUCCCCCAGGAGUUUGGAGACCAGGACAUUCUGCAGAUGUUCAUGCCUUUUGGAAAUGUUAUCUCUGCUAAAGUCUUCAUUGACAAACAGACCAAUCUGAGCAAGUGCUUUGGUUUUGUUAGCUAUGACAAUCCAGUCUCUGCACAAGCUGCUAUCCAGGCUAUGAACGGCUUUCAGAUUGGCAUGAAACGCUUGAAGGUUCAGCUGAAACGCUCCAAAAAUGACAGCAAACCUUACUGAUCUUAACCCCAGAUGCUUACUGCUCUUAUUUUAGCUUUCUUAGGACAUCUCCAUGCCCGUUAGCCCAUCGUUUGCCUAGCAUGUCCCUGUGGCGUCUCAAAAAAAAAAAAAGUUUCAUCGUCCCGUCAUUGUUUCUGAUGUCUUUCUGACCUCACAUCAUAUUUGGUUCUCCUACUGACCUUUGAGCUAGUUUGACCUUUGAAAUUUGCAUGUGACCUCAUCUAGCUAUGAAUUCUGGGAAGUCAAUGUGAAAAAACAUUGCUGCAUUCAUGCAAGACUGAAAUUUAUUAUUAGAUAAAUUAAUGAUAGGAUUUAAAAACAACCUGUGGCAAAAUGUUUUUUCUUUCUUUCCUUUUUUUGGUUUUCUUUUUUCCUUUGGGUUCUUUUGUUUGGGUUUUUUGUUUUGUUUUGGUUUGGUUUUCAUUUCGUAAAAAAAAAAAUAAAAAAAAAAACAGACUUGAAAGUAUUAUACAGGGAUUGGCAUUCUGCCUGGUCACUGGUGACAAUAGCAAUAUGUGUCCAGAGGCACAGAAUGUUGGUUUCUAACAGACUACUUCCAAAACAGUUUGAAAAAUAAAACUGUCUGAUUUUAAGUCUCUAGAGGUCUGUAAUAGUUUUUACAUUUUUCAGGCAGUGUAAAGUUUUUUGAUAAGGCCAUUUUAGGUGGCUCACUUUCUCAUUAAAGUAUAUAUAUAGAACCACUUUUUGUAGAUUAGUAUAAGAAAAUAUUUACCCUGUUUUAGGGCAAAUGCUACCUACUUGUGUCACCUUUUGCUGAACUGACUCACAGUUAGACAAUCCAUGGUUUAAUGCACAUGAAAUUACCUAUAUUUUAUACUGUUUCAAUGUACAGAAGAAAGGUUACUGUAAAAUGUGUUACGUUGGUGCUUCUGUGAAUUAAGUUGUGGUUUCAUCAUGAGUCUUAUGGUCUUAAGUGUUCUAUGUUUAUAAAAGAAGAGUUUAAAAUUGGUUUACUUGAACAACAAGAACAAAAACAAGAUUCAAAAAAAAAAAACAAAAAAAAGUUGUUUGCUUAAAAAAAAAUGAAUUUCAUGUGAAAAAUGAAAAAAUAUUCCAGAAUAAGUUUGUGUUGGCUUGUGACGCAUUGAUGUCAUUUUUUUAUUGUGAACAAUUUAGAUGUGUUUGUGUUCAGCAAAAUGUGAUCGGUUUUUCUUUUAAAGAAAAAAAAAAAUCAGUGAAACUAUAGUGCCAAAUUCCAAAGGUACUUUCUUCCUAGAGCUUCAGUGUGUUUCUUGUGUGAAGUAAUUUGAUAACAUGGGUAUUUUAUUAUGUGUUUUGUAUAAAUCCCUAAUAUUUAAAGAAAAAAGAGGUUAAAAAGUUUGUUAACUUGCUAUCCUGUGGUCUUGUUGCCUGAAAUUGUUAUUGUUUGUUAUUUCUCUUUGAUGUUUUUUGUAAAACAUUGUAUAAGUGCCCAUGUUUCACUUUUUUAACCACUCUGCACACAUCAAUGCUGUGAAAGCAAACCUCACUAUGUAUUUUCUUCAUAAUGUAUGGAAACCUCUAAGGUGAGAAAGUUUUGAACUUUUAACCCUUUCCACCCAGAGCUGUCUUGAGUGUUAAUACCUUUUAUACAUUCACCAUUUUGCUGUUUAUUUUUAUAUAUAUAUCUAUAUCUAUAAAUAUAUAUAUACUUAGUUUUUUGUGGUUUAUUUAAUACAUGGUUGAAAUCAGAACAAUGCACAGGGCAGAUCUGAAGGACAAAAAUAUUUUACUGCUGUCUAAAUUUCUUCUGUAUCUAUAACUAAAAUUAUUUAAAACCGUAAUUAACUUGUGGUUUUCCUUUUUAGAUUUUGGGGAUUUUGUCUUUUCUUAAAGAGCUUUUAAUAUGCUGCUGGAAUAUGCUAUUCAGUAUUAAUAA